UCCAUCAUCCUUUGUUUCUUCCAUCUGCACGAAACGGAACAAGCCCGCUGGAUCAGCACCAUCACCAAAACGCAUCAUCCAACGGUUCACGGUUCAGUUCCAGUUGUCCUUUGGCCGUGUUCAGUUGUCCCGAGAGUAUGGCAUCCGUACCGCAGCUUCCCUACCCGGUGGAUAAGCGUCCGCCAGUGUACGACGAGUACAAGUUCACCCUGCCGGAGCUGUACCGUGAGAUAGCCAGGGAGGAGCUCGGUGAGGAUGAAGCGGUGCGCGACAGUGCGUUGAUGGAGAUGCGCCAGUGGAUUGCGGAAUAUCCGCACAUCCGCAAGUGCCGUACGGAUGCAAAGUUCUUGCUACGGUUCUUGCGCUUCUGCCAGUUCAACGUGCCGAUGGCGUGUGACGCACUGGAGCGCUAUCUAGUGGUUCGAACCAUGUAUCCGACCUGGUUCGAAAAGCUAGACUGUACCGAGCCCGUCAUGCAGGAAAUACUGAACAACGAUCCGUUCACGUAUCUCGGACAGGAUGGGGCGGGCCGUGCUGUCGUGCUGGCACGCUUUGGACGGUUCAACGGUGACAAGCACAGCCCCGCACAGGACGCACGGGUUAUGGCGCUCGUGCUGGAAACGGUGCUCGAGUGGGAAGAGUUCCAGAUCGGUGGCUGUCAGGUGCUGAUCGACUAUCGCGACACCACCGUCAGCAGCUUCGAGAAGUGGGGUUUGAGCGAGCUGGAAAUCAUUAUGGAUGUGUACAGCCGCUCGUACCCGGUGCGCUACGGCGAGAUCCAUGCGGCCAAACUGCCAAAGUUUGCCGUACCCGUCAUUCAAUCGCUGCUCUCGUGCACUAACCCGAAGCUGCGGGAAAAGAUCAGAUGCCACUCGUCGAUUACGGAGCUGGAGAAGCUGAUGGAUGCUUCGAGCAAACCGACCACCUACGGCGGAACGGUCGAUCUCGAUGAGCUGAAUCGUGCAUUCCGCAAACGUAUCGAGGAUCAGCGCCAGAUCGUGCUCGGGCUCGAUGCCAUGGAGAUGGAUAGUUCGCAUUGCGCGUGCCUGUGGGAUAUCAUGUACUUGUACGAUUCUGUGUCAGCUGCGGGAGACAACGUAGCCGGUGCCAUGCUGGAGCAGCUGAACAUCAAGUGAGCACGAUGACUGACACGUGGUCUAUGCCGAUCGUAGCGAACAUUUUUCCUCAAAGUACAGCAUUUUAAAGAGGUAUAAAGUGAGAUGUAAUUAAAAUA